ACCACUCUCGUGGACAACGUAAAUAUACAAUACACCAGUUGUCUUCGCAAGCUCUCCAUCACAGAAAAAAACCAAAGGACCAAAGGCAAACAUUCCUCUGCGACAUAAUGUGAAAAAGUGGUUACAUUGUGAUGGAACUGCGUGGACAAGUACUAUCGAUAUUCCUGCUGCUGGUGUACCUAUUCGCCAAGCAGACUGAAGCUAUAACCCGCCCUACAGCUAUAAAGCUGGAGAACAAUGGAUAUACCAAGGUUUUGUUUGCUAUACACCAAGACGUCACAGAGAGUCAACAGCUGCUGGACGCUAUCAAGGACAUGAUAACGAAGUCAUCAGCCUUCAUGUACACGGCAACACGAAAACGCGCGUACUUCAAAGAGGUUACCAUCCUUGUGCCGUCGACAUGGACGGGAAGCUACAGCGACGCCACAUCCGAAGUGUACACAAACGCCGACGUUGUUGUCGAGAAGGCCAACAGUCGGUACGGCAGCGACCCCUACAGCCGGACGUACAGUGGGUGUGGCAGGGCCGGCAUCAGGGUAUACUUAACGGAGUCAUUCAUGACGAGCUCGUCAGCAAUCAGACAAUAUGGACCAAGAGAAAAGGUUCUCACUCACGAAUGGGCGCACUUCCGGUGGGGUGUGUUUGACGAGUAUCCACAGCUAGGAGAGCAGAAGUUCUAUUUCUCCCCGUCGACUGGUCAGAUGGAGGCGGUGCGUUGCAACAUCGAGAUCUACGGUCAGAUAUAUAUACGAUAUCCCAAUGGCACACUUUUCUUCUGUCGCGACCUUGACCCUCACACUGGGCGAUUCCCCGAUGACUGCGCUUACAGACCGGAUUAUCACAGAACUAAAAGUGUGUCCUCAAUCAUGGAUAGAGUGUUCAUCCGUUCGAUCGUGGACUUCUGUGACGAUGACCAAAGUAACACAGCCAAGGUCCACAACAGAGAGGCCCCCAACAAACACAACCGGAUGUGUGGUCAACGCAGCACGUGGGCGGUCAUCUCGGAGACAGAAGAUUUCAAGGGGGGUAAAAAUUCCCCUAGAGACGGGAUAGAUACCACGCCCACCAUUACGAUUGUUAAAGCAACCACAAAGAGACGUGUGGCGCUUGUGUUGGACACGUCAGGGAGCAUGCUGAAUGAGGACAAGAUUACCCGACUACGGCAGACGGCCUCCAAUUUCAUCAUGAACGGCGUUGACAGUGACGCUGACGUCGGCAUAGUCUCCUUCAGCAGCAGAGCUGACAUCAUCAGCCCCAUGACGCCGAUACUGAACAGCACCGCAAGACAAGACCUGAAACGUUCCCUACCACGGUCUGCCCUUGGGGGCACCAGCAUCGGUAUGGGGGUCAGGACAGCGCUUGAGAUGCUGAAGGAAAACGGCGAGAACGCCAGUGGGUCUGCUAUAGUGGUGUUGACUGACGGUGUUGAGACGGUGCCCCCCUUCCUGAAGGACGUCCUACCGGAAGUCAAGCAGGCGGGUGCAAUUGUCAGUAUCAUGGCAUUCAGCUCCAACCCCGAUGACAACUUCGCCAGCUCUGCAACAGACACAGGGGGCCUGUUCUACUAUGACAGCAACCAGGCUGGUUCCACUUCUCUCGGCGACGCCCUGUUUGACAUCUACACCAUCUUCAGGCAUGACAGAAGGGACAACGCGGUCCAGUUGCUGAGCAAGGCCGCAGGUUUGAAAAAAGGCGGUAAUAUGUCUGGUGAGGUUAAUGUUGACGUUGACAUCGGCAGAGACACACAUUUCUUAAUGACGUACUUACAAAGUGAACCUGACGUCACCAUUACGUCACCAACUGGGAGGAUAUACAACAAACUAUAUCCCGAGUACUCGUGUGAUCAAGAAUUCAAGACUAUAAAAGUAGCCAUUCCUGAAAUUGCAGAGAGUGGUCGGUGGAAGUACUCGAUUAUCAGCAGAGACUCCGACUAUCAGAAGGUUUCCAUCAUGGUGGUGUCCAGACCAGUCGACCCCAAGAGGACCCCCAUCAGAGUGGACACGUCCAUUAUGUCCAGCAACACCAGCUGGCCAACACAGGUUAUCUUGUACGCUGACGUGAAGAAAUCUGUACAUCCUGUAACUGGACUGAGAGUACAGGCAGUUGUUAAUAGGCCUUUCGCAAAGCCUUACGUUGUGCAGCUUCUUGACAAUGGCGCAGGUGCUGAUAUCACCAAAGACGAUGGAGUAUAUUCACGAUAUUUUACCAAGUUUUCCGGAAACGGUCGAUACAGUGUUCGUAUAGAAGUAAGCGGAAAGGGCACCGUCAAAACAUACCAGCAUCCUUCCAACACAGAUGGCCAUGGCUUUCUCCUGGAGGAUGACAUUCACCCAGAACCCAUCGUUCGGAGGUCAGUGUUCUUGUACCCUAUGCCCUCGCACGUAAAUCGGGUAACACCUGGAGGAGCAUUUGUUAUCAGCCAUCCCAACCUAACCAAAUCCUUUAUGCCAUUCGACGCUGCAAUGCUGAAGCGUGAUGACCUUGCUCCCGUCAGGAUCACUGACCUCAAGGUCAUGAAGACGUCACACCGAGAAGGCACUGUUGUGUUGUCGUGGACGGCGCCGGGAGAUGACAUCGACUACUAUACAGCCCAGCGUUACCAGAUCUUUUUUGCUCCAAAUGCUGACGACAUGAUCAACAACCAUGCGACCGUCAGUUUAGUCUCCCAAAAGGAAGUUCUGUUUGGAGAUCUAGGAAACCCCAAACCUGCUGGUUCCCCUGAAGUGUUCAAACUCAAAAUGGACGUGCCGCCUCUGACUAAUGUGACCUUUGUGUUCUCCAUCAGGGCAAUUGAUGACGUUGGAAAUUUUGGGGAUAAUUCUAACUAUGCCACAACUGCUUUUGGGUUUGUACCAGACUACACAGAUCCAGACUACGUACCUCCAGACAUGGUCAAAUCGAAUCCGACUGGGCCCUCCAGCAGCCAAAAACUGGUUAUUUCAGGCCUUGUUGGGUGUUUUGCAGCGCUCUUAUUGUUGGUAAUAAUAGUGUCGCUGGUGUUGUUCAAGUGUGGACGAAAACAGAACUAUGCUGAUGAGAAAAGACUGAAAGGUGGAUUGGUAUAGAAUUCCUCAUUUAAAAAUCGGUCAUCUUUUGUGACUUGUCAAUCCCCAUUAUAGUGAAUGAAAAUGUUGGGGAUCGUGAAUGUUUGGAGGAGGGAGAUAUUUUUUUGCUGCGAACGAUCAUGAGCAAACAAUAUUUUUGAAAAAGACUAUGAUCAAAUAAUUCAUGAUAUCUGACUUUCUAUAUUCAGUAUAUUAUUGCAGCAGCAUUCCCAAACUAAUGAUUAUAAAUGAAAAUUCGAUUGUUCACAACCCCUUUGGACACACACACGCACGCACGUACUCGCACACAAACAUACGCGCGCACAUCGAGGUGGCCGAGAUGAAGGGUCCCAUCUAUUUUAAUGCUACCGACAGAGCACCUGGUGUCAGAGAUCCAUAAUUUACAUAAUGUUCAUUAAUAUUCUGCCUUCAACACCGAAUGGAAUCUGUUUAAGCCGAUAAUUGUUUAGGUUAUGUAUGUAUAUAUCACAUCAGACGUCGCAGGGGUUAACUGAAUUGAUUAAGUUUCAUUGUUACCAACAGCGUGGGCUAAUUUGUCUUUUUACGCCAGUGUGGACAGUAUCGCAACUAUAACAUGCCUGCAUGUGGACAGUGCUCGUUUUCAGAAAAAUAAACUGUUAUCAUCUGUU